AUGUCUAAAAAAUCUACAUAUGUAUCAAUUGGAAGAGAGAUAGAAUAAGGAAGGAUGACAAAGUCUUCUGGGUUUAGUGAUAUACUAAAUGAAAAGGAACUUCGAAACAGAGCAACAAGUCUGUUACAAAAACCUUAAUUAAAGAAGUUUUACAAGAACAAAAAAGAUGGAGCAAUAAUAAAACCAAAUAAGAUAGCAGAAUAAUUAAGAAACACUUUUAUAGAUAAAUUAAACUUGAGUAAUUUGGAAUGUGCUGCUCCUCCUAAAUCUGCUGUAUCACAUUAAUCUUCAACGACUACGUAACCACUUUGUUUUGAAAUUGAUUUUGAUUGGUUGGAUUAUUGUGAUGAAUAGAAGUUCAAACAAAUAUUUAAGGAAGACUUAAAAGACAUUCCAGAUAUUGAAUAAUAUGUAGAAGACAAUUAAUCAUAUUUAUGCCAUAUAUUUGCUUAAUGUGCAUGUGCCAAAUGUACUUGUAAUAAAUGCAUAUGUCAAUACAAAAAGAAAUUAGAAUUAAAUUAUGCAUAUGGAAUGCUAACAUCUAAUAGGUUUGAUUAUGUACCAAAAUAAAAUAAAUGUUUUACUCCAAUUAUAACACAAUCUCAUUAUGAUAAUAUUGCUUUACCAGUUGCAUCUAUGUAAUUCAACUCUACUUAAAGAGAUAAUUAUAAAUGGAUACCAUAAGAUAGACCAAGAACUGCAGCCAAAUCUAUGUAUGAAUCUCAUAAUUUACCAACUGGAUAAACUACUAACAAUGUACGAAUUAUUAUUCAAUAGUCUUGCUCACAUUUAUCAAUUGGAAGGACUAUACUCCCAAUAUAUUUAAGGCUCCACAAUUUCGAACUACUGUUAAAGCCAAUUUAAUGAAUAGAACUAAUUAUAGAAAUUAAUUUAUAUGGAAAAUCAAAGAUGAAAAUUAACCAACAGCUGAAGAUGUUAAAUAAAAAUAAUUUCAGUAAAAAAAUAUAAUAUAAAAUAGUUAAACUAUAACAAAAAUAUAUCCAAAUCAAUUACGAUCUAUCUAUUAAGAAUCAUUUGUUUAAAAAAAUUAAAAACCUUUAAGAGUAUUCAUGAAACCAGAAGAAUUAAUUCCAUGUAGUGCAUAUCAAGGUUAGUAUAUAACUACUAAAUAAAUGGAUUAUGAAGGAAAAUAAAUAUCAACAAAAGAGAUCUAAUAAAAACCAUGGAAAGGAAGAUUGAUAAAAAAAUUAUAAAAUAUUUAAUGA